AUGCCGCCCAAAGACAAGUACACGGAUCCAGAGUUGAGAGAUAAGGUCAAGGAGGAAUUGAAGGCCAGCGACAAAGGAGGAGAGCCUGGGCAAUGGAGCGCUCGCAAGGCUCAAAUGAUGGCGGCAGAAUACAAGAAGAGAGGAGGAGGCUACACAACCGACAAGAAGGAUAAAGAUGAGUCUCAGCAGAACUUGACAAACUGGGGCGAGGAAGAAUGGCAGACCAAGGACGGCGAGGGAAAAGCGAAGCAAGACGACGGUACUGAAAAGCGUUAUUUGCCAAAGAAGGCCUGGGAGCAAAUGACCGAGAAGGAGAAGGAAGAGACUGAUCAGAAAAAGCAAGAAGAAUCGAAGCAAGGCAAACAGCACGUGGCGAAUACUCCAAAAGCAAAAGACAGCCGCAAGAAAGCGCAAUCGAAUGGCUCCAAGAACGAUGGAGACGACAAAGCGACCACGAGCAACCAAAGAGGCUCUAGAAGCCAGACGAAAAAUGCGGAGGCAAAGAAGAACAGCCAAGGUGCUGCUCAGGGCAAGAGCAAGGACGAGAAUGAAGAUGAUGAUGACGAUGAUGACAGCCAGUCUCAAGAGGAGCCUGCCAAAUCCGCCAAAACUGGACAGAAACGCAAGAACAACGAAGAGCACGACUCCGAACCAAAGUCAAAGACUAAGAAGAGCAACGGAACUAUUGGCUCCAAGCACAUGGAUGCCACUGAGCCCGCUCAGAAGGGCUCGAAAGAUCGCUUGCCAAAGGAAGGACAGCAAAUUCAAUGGAAAGCGAUGCCAGGUUGGAUAGACGGGAAAGUUAAGGAGAUCCUGAAGAAGGGCAAGAAGGUGGAUGAGAAGCAGGUAAAAGCUUCUGAAGACGAUCCGAAGAUUGUGCUCAUUUCGAACAAGAGUGGCAAGAUCUGUGUUCACAAGCCGGAGGCUUGCUACUACGAUGAUGAGUGA